CUUAUUAGGUUAUUAUUAUAUUUAGGAAAGGGUAAAAAGUAUAAAAAGUUGGAAAAAUACGGAUUAGAAAGCAAUUAGUGAUUUUUUUGUUGUUGUUUGUAUCGAAGAUAAGAUAAGACGAAAUAGAAGAGGCCAGUCAAAAACCAUAGAAAUUAGUGAUUUGAGAUUUUCUGACUAAAAAGAGGAUUAGUGAAGAAUAAAUAAAGAAGCCAGUAUCAUCAUCAUCAUCAAUAUAAUCCCAUCAUCAAAUAGGUUUAAGUAGAAUUAUUUGUUUUGACACUGAGAGGGGUUAGGUGAAAAGAGAGAGAGAGAGAGAUGGAUUCGGUGUUAGUAGGGAAGAACAGGUAUUGGGUCCUCCGCCACGGGAAGAGCAUUCCCAACGAGAGAGGCCUCGUCGUCUCUUCCAUGGAAAAUGGUGUGCUCCCCGAGUACCAGUUAGCCCCUGACGGUGUCGCUCAGGCUCGCCUCGCCGGCGAAUUGUUCCUCCAGCAACUCAAGGAAAAUAACAUAGAACUGGACAAGGUCCGCAUUUGCUACUCCCCCUUCUCCAGAACCACUCACACCGCUAGUGUUGUUGCUGAGGUCCUCAAUCUCCCCUUUGUUUCUCCUCAAUGCAAGAUGAUUGAAGAUCUGCGAGAACGCUAUUUUGGACCUACUUUUGAACUCAAGUCACAUGACAAGUACCCAGAGAUAUGGGCUCUUGAUGAGAAAGAUCCAUUCAUGGGACCAGAAGGAGGUGAGAGUGCUGCUGAUGUUGUUUCCAGACUUGCCUCUGCCAUUGCUUCCAUGGAAUCUGAUUUCCAAAGUUGUGCAAUUCUGGUCGUCAGUCAUGGAGAUCCUCUCCAGAUGUUGCAGAACGCUUUCCAUUCAGCUAAGCAGCAGAAAGGAGAUGGCUUGGCUGAGAGGAUUCAGAUGAGCCGAGUUGCUUCUGUCUUGUCACAGCACCGCAAGUUUGCUCUCCAAACUGGGGAACUCCGUCCUCUCAUCUGAUUGGCAAAAUCUGAUUUUGCUAUUAUUUUUUUUCUUGGAAUGUCUCUUUUCUUAUCCAGUCUUUAUCAAUUCCAAUCGGCAUUCUUGCAAUUGCUCAAGUUGGAAUAACCUAUUUAAUUUUAUAUGACCCUCUGUUAGUUCGAAAGACACAGCGAACAUGAACAUUUAUUUACUCUUUCUGUAAUAAAUAAAGAAAUCAUGCUCAA